AUGCAAUUUGUGUUUUCUUUUGCAGCAACAACUGUCCCACCCGGUGAUCCAUCAUCAGGUUUCUCUUUGGAAUUCAAAAUUAGCGUAACAAUUGUAUAUGCAGUUAUUUUUGUCAUCGCUUUUCUUGGAAAUUCAUUUGGGUUGUACGUUGUAGUAAAGAAGUCUUCUUCUACCAGCAUCUCGAACUUGUUCAUUGCUAACAUGGCCGUUGCAGAUCUAUUGUUGACGGUUAUAAUGAUGCCGUUGCAGGUUGCUUUUAUUUUCGUGGAUGUCGUUGUCUGGAUUCCAGGAAUAUUGGGAAACGUGACAUGCAAGCUGGUGUUCUACAUUAUCCCAGUUUCAAUCGCGGCAACUGUGUUCACGAUGAUGUUUAUUUCCUUCGAUCGAUUUUACGCCAUAUUCUAUCCAUUGAGAGGGAAGAUCUUCCGAAAGCCAAAAAUACUGUCCGCCACAAUUUGGAUUCUAUCUUUGGCGCUGAUGGUCCCAUAUCCUGUGAUGUACCGAGUCCAGUAUUCUCCUGACUCGGACGAGCAUAUUUGUGUACAACUGUGGCCCUGGCAAGACGAAAAUGAUUCUACAUCAGCUGAAACCUAUCGUGUACUUGUGAUCUUUCACAUCACGAUUUUCGUUUUACUCUACGCAUGGCCCCUUACAAUAACUAUCAUUAUCUACUUCUUAAUUUGUCGUAAACUGUGGCUUCGAAAGAUCCCGGGAAAUGUGACAACUACCAAUCACGCCGCAGCUGAAAAAUCCAAACGCAAAGUUGUCCGGUUGUUAGUUAUAAUCGUUUUGGUAUUUGCAAUCUGCUGGUUUCCAAAUUACGUUGAUCAUUACGUUUGGUACGUGCGACCUGACCUUAUCAGUUCGAUGCCGGUUGAAGCACAGCUAUGGUUCUUAUGGUUAGCACACGCAAACAGUGCCAUAAAUCCAUGUCUCUACAUGCUGUUAAAUAGUAGGUUUCGCAAAGAACUUUUCAGUACAAUGACUUGCUGUCCUCGUUAA